CAAUUAGUAGAAUAAGUUUUAAUUUUACCAUUAGUUGUAUCUUCAAAAUGUCUUAAUAAAGGUAUGAGGUAUAUAACGAAUAUGAGUGUGCACGUGCAAAGGGUAUAAAAAGUGAGCAAAAAUACAGGAUAAUAUGCAAAAAUAAAGUACAAAUUAAUAUUAACCGACAGAUAGGCCGUAAUAGUGUGUGAUGUAGCGUAGUAAGUAACUUGAUAGAUAGUUAAUGAGGACUUGAUUGAUUGAAUAAAUGUGCACAACAAAGCGGACACUGUUCUUGGAUGCUGGCCGGGAACGCGCACGUCGUCCAGUCGGAGGUGGCGCGCCUCGGUCACAGGUACAAAACGUAGUGUCUGUGUCAAAGAAGUGGAGAGCAUGCCCAGCGUUCCAGGAGGAAUAUACUGGGGAUAUGGGGCUACCACUUGGAUAGGAUGCCGAGGUCAUAGCUUAAAUUUAUGUGUUCAAAACAAGCAAUGUGUAUUUGGAAAACUGAAUGACAGCAACAAUUAGAUCGCUAUAGCCUUUUUUCGGAUACAGAUGGGAGAGUCAAAUUUCCCUGCAUAUCCGAGUUACGAUAAAUCGUGCGGAAAAUCAAUUCUCUGAAACGGUCCCUUAGGUCUACCGUGAGAAAACUACCGAACAGCGAUACAUUAGGCGUAGUUAGUUAUGAUUAUUCUUAUUGUUUAUUUGUUUAUUACGGUCGCUUAUGGUAAAUUAGCUUGAAAGUAGUAAAAGCAUAACUAGCCAAAAUUAAUGAACCAUUCUCGUGGGAAAAAAACAUAGCCUAUUCCUUAACAUGCCUCGUCCCAGACUCUUUUGAACUACUUGAAUACCACGAGACAACUUCUCUCCUUAUUACCUCCCUUUCUAAUGCUAUGGAUUCUUCCCAAAGACAGUAAAAGAACGGAAUUGUUUUAUUUUGCAGAAAAAAAGAGAAAGAGCGAUCGCACAUUUCGGGAUGAGGCGCCUUAUGCAUUUCCUGAUGCUCGGGCAAUUCGUGGUGCACUUGUGGAUAUCCGAUGCGCAGGGGGAAUACUGUCACGGCUGGCUGGAUGGGAAUGGGAACUACCACGAAGGCUUCCAGUGCCCAGAGGGUUUCGACGCCCGGGACGCGGCUGUGUGUUGCGGCUCCUGCUCGCUGCGGUACUGCUGCGCGGCCGCGCACGCUAGGCUGGACCAGGGCGGCUGCACCAACGACCGGAGGCUGGAGAGCCCAGAGUUGGUGGCGCAGCCGAUCUACAUGCCCUUCCUGGUGGUGGGCUCCAUGUUUGUGGCUUUCGUGGUGCUGGGCUCUCUGGUUGCCGUCUACUGCUGUACCUGCCUACGGCCCAAGCGCCCGACCCAGGCGUCCGGCUGCUACUCCCUCUCCGGCUGCCAGGCGGAGACCAUUCCCAUGAUCCUCACGGUGACCUCCCCCACCCCGCGGCCCCCCUCACGCCAGUCCAGCACCAUCACCACCGGCUCCAGCUCCACUGGAGGUGGAAGCUCCGGUCAUUCAGCUACACCUACAUCCAGCCUGCUUCCUCCGCUCGCCUACAGCUUCUCGCUCUGCAGCCAGGAUGACCUGACGAAACCCGCUUUACAGCUCCAACAGCACCACCCCGGCCUGCUCCUCUCCCAGCCCUGCUUCUCACUGCCCAUCCCUCCGGAUCCUCUUUCCAGGGGAAGAGCCUUUGCAGACUUCAGCCAAAGUUGAACUGGAGUCCUGUCUACACCACGGAAUCACACUCCCCUAUGAAAAUGAAAAGGCCACAUUUACUGACUAAUAGGUGCAGACAGAAGCCAAUUCUGUAAUUAUUCUGCAUCUGUGUUGUUAGCAGACAGAAGGACAUGGUGGCACAGAUGGAGACACUGCAGUGGAGGCUAUCUGGGAAUAAGGGAAUAUCUGUGAUGGAGGACUGAGCAGAGGCCGAGCUGGGACAGCAGGCAGCCCCCUGUCCCAUGUAGCCGGUAAAACUGGGAAGGUGCAUUCCAUUGUCUGGGGUCUCUCUUUCUUUUUAAUAAACAUAUGCACUUUUAAAAAUGUUCUUCUUAACUGGGUUUGUAGCCCAUUUCCCCCCGAUAUCCACUGCAGUUAUUACAAAACACUGCGUGAAAAGUUGCAGGUGCUUAAGUGUCAGAUCUUGAGGGGGAAAAAUGACAACUGAUAUUCAGAGUCAGAAGCCAUUAUAAAGAGAAAGGCUGACAGUGGUCUGUGUGGCGGGUGUGGCAUCUUUACAAUGCUGGCCAUUUCAUUCAAAAGGGAAGAGCCACCUGAUCGAUCAAACCAAAAAACGCUGUUGGUAAAUUAGUUUAAAUUAGUUCCCUGUCUCUUCUUCACCAUCAGUUUUACUAUUUUGAAGACUUAAAUUUGGAGACGUAGAAGUUUUAAUUUGAGCAGUGCAGCAAGAAUUCGUCAUCUUGUAUUUGUUAAAUCUCUUGUCAUAUUCAGUGUGUGUGUAUAAUAACAGACUUGGACAAUACAGUAAAGUUCAACAGAAAAUAA